UGGCUUCGUAUCGGCCAACGAUCAAAUUAGAGCAUUAUUUGUAAUUUUGACGUUCCAAGUGAAUCAAGCAAACUACGUUUUUUCUCUCCAUCGAACAUCUAACGUAACCAUUCGAUAACAAACCAAAUAAAUGGUGUUUUAAAUUAAGUUCUUUUUUAAAGCUGUAGUCUCAGUGUGGAAAAACUUUCAACUUCUUAAAAAACAUUGUUUUUCUGUAUUGCUACGAAAGACGGUGGGUUGAGCGUGCAAGAGAAGCGAUUUAUCUGUGUGGCAACUUGAGGUGUUGACAUAUCGCUAAAACAUUUAAAUAUUAUAACGGAACGAUAAAGUAGCAGUGAAGUAGACGCAGCAAUAACGGCAAAAGCAUCAGCAGCAACAACAACACACUUUGGUAAAACUAUCGAAGUGCAACCGAACGAAAAGAUUGUAACAACAGUGAAUUGGAAAUGAUGUCAUUAAAUAAUAACGUUGGCGCUUCGGCGAUAUUUUAUUUAUGUGCAACAAGUACAUUGUUGGUGCUAUUGGUGACACUUGGUGCAACUACAGUAACAGCAACAGCAACAGCAUCAGAACCAUCGGUGAUUGUAGUAACCGGCGAUGUGGUGUCAUCGUUGCAGGGAGCAUCGAAUGCAUCACCAAACAUGCAUAAUUCAACCGAGAUGCAAGCAAAUGCAGCUAACGAAGAGAAAAGCAAUAACCUUAACCAUUUCGAAAAGAACAAUCGCAACGAUAGCAUAAUGGUAUUAUCACCUUCAUUGUCGACACCAUCGAGGGAUUGGAAUAAUGGUAACCAACGUUCGAACAAUGAACACCAACACCAUCACCAUCCACAAAAACAACAGCAACAACAUUCGGAUCAGCAUUCAUUUGAAAUGGAAAAUUCGAGAAAAUAUUUACAUUUAGAUGAGCAUAAUUUUGUGGCGACAACGCCAAAGAUUCACACCACAAAAUUACCGAACAGAUACGAACAAGGUUUGGAGGACUAUGAAGAAGCUGUGGCUCGUGUAGACAAAAUUAAAGAGGAACAACAAAAGCAACAAGCGUAUGGCAUGAGUGGAUUUCAAACAGUGCUGACGCUGAUCGAGACGGCUAGCGAUGUUUGGAGCAAAGUAUCGACAGAAUUUGAACAAAAGCAAUCAACAAUCACCGAUAAAUCGAAUGAUAGGCCAACAAAUGAUGUCGAUAGCAAUGACAAAAGCGAUGGUAGUUCGACGGAUGUUGCUGAGGCCCGUUAUAUCAAAGGUGAUCCAUUAAAGGGCUAUUAUGAUUUUAUUAUUACGGAAGGAUCAUAUAAAUUUUGGGCUGCAUUUCAGCUUUUUACGGCCGGUUUGAUGAUUUAUUCCACGUUUGCUGCGAUUUAUUACUCCAAAGUUAAUCCAGUUGUUGGCGAUUACGAUUACACAUCAUAUCUGGGUGGUGCACGUUCAAUGGCCGACGAUCCUGAACCAUUACCAUCAACUUCAGCACUGUCGGAGCUCGGAAAUAGUUAUAUAUUUCAAACAGCUGCCCAUGGUUUCCAAUUCGUACUUGAUGCCAUUGAAAAAAUACCGAAAACAUAAAAUAGCCAUCGAAUAAUGACUCAAUUAUCAUUUGCUCGUCGAAAAAAAAAUAUCAACAACAAUCGAUUGGAAAUAUUAAUUGCAAUAACGAAAUGGAUGAAAUACACAAGAAUAAAAAUAUGAAACAAA